UUUUUUUUUUAGGUGCGUUGAACAAAGGUUGGAUGUACAUAGGAGUAAAUUACUUGAUUGGUUAAUUAAUCAACACAAAAACAGGAACGUGACAUCGAGCAACGCUUGGCCUAACGUUCGCGAAUUAUUUUAACAAUAAUCAUUCGAUUUGACAGUUAAUGGGAAGCGUAUGAACCAGUUUUGCGAACUUUUUUUUUCUCUUUUUUUUCACUCAACGCAGUAACAUUUCAACUGACUGCGAGUCGCGACUGAAUCGGUGACUUCGAUUACACUCAAUCGUGUUAUCUUGACAGUUGUACUUUGUAGCAAGGUGUAUAUCGUUUGAAUAAUGGCUUUCUUUGACGUGAUCAUGUGGAGCGACUAUGGCGGUGAUAUCUGUGGACAGGUGGCAGGAACUGCGUUUGUUGUCUGCGUUGGAAGCUACGUUCUUCUGAGGGUUUGGCGGUCUUACUGCAUAGACAGAAAGAUCAAAACAAAACAAGAGUCGCUCAAGAAAUCUCUCCAGCUGCUGUCGGAACAGCUUCGGACAGAAGGUGUUUCUUCUGUUCAUCGUGACAAAAUUCUGGAGCUGUCAUUGGCAGAAUUGCAACAGAAGUUACAGUCUGGAGAACUAACAGCAAUGGAAGUUCUGAGAGCCUACCAGUCAAAGGCAAUGCAGAUGAAUGAACAUUUGAACUGUGUUGUGGAACCAAUAUGGGAAGCACAGGCUCUUGCGACGGAGUGUGACCUUGAAAGCAAGAAGAAGGGGCCGCUACAUGGGAUUCCCAUCAGCUUGAAGGAGGCUUUCUAUGUGCAGGGCUAUGAUUGCACUGCAGGAAUGUUGCACUAUGUUGACAAGCCAGUGCAGGACGAUGCUGUGUUGGUUAAGGUUUUGAAAAGGCAAGGUGCCAUUCCUUUUGUGAGAACAAAUCUUCCACAGACAAUGCUCGGGAUUGAAACCUCAAACCCAAUCAGUGGACUAACGAAGAACCCAUGUGAUCAAACACGGUGUGCUGGGGGGUCAUCAGGAGGGGAGGGGGCCCUGAUUGGGGGCGGUGGCUCUCUCCUUGGGUUUGGAGAUGAUAUUGGUGGAAGCAUCAGGAUACCCAGUGCUUUCUGUGGCAUAUGUGGUUUUAAACCUACCUCUGAACGACUCAGUACACGUGGCAUAUUUCCUCUAGGAAGUGGGCAAACACUAGUGAGGGAUGCAGUCGGCCCGAUGGCUAAAGAGGUCGAUUCCUUGGUGUUGAGCAUGCAAUGUCUUACUGUGCCAUACAUGUACGAGUUGGAUCCUUUUAUCCCAGUGAUGCCAUUCAGAACGGAAGUAUAUGAGAAGAAAACGCCACUGAGGGUUGGUUUCUAUACAUGGGACGGCUGCAUCCACCCAACUCCAGCUGUGGCUAGGGCUGUAAUGGUGGCAAAAUCAGCCCUUGAGAAGAUGGGCCAUACGGUUGUGGAAUUCAAACCACCAAGAGCACGGGAAGCAUUUAUUGAGAUAUUUCUGAAAACUAUGUUUGGUGAUGGGUUGCAUGAAAUCCGAAAAGACCUAAAAUAUGACAGAAUUGACCCAGUAAUCAGAUUAACUUACUAUGGAUUCAGCCUGCCAUACUUCAUCAGGAGGAUCAUUAGUUUCUUAAUUCACUUCAUAGAACCCAUGACAGCUGAUGUACUAAAACUGAAAACCACCACUGUCGGUGAAUGGUGGAACCUUGCACAGAAGAUAGACGAAUACAAGCUUGAGUUUGUAAAGAGCUGGAGAAACAAGAAGCUUGAUGCAGUUAUCUGCCCUGCCCUGGCCUGUACCCCAGUACCACUACACAAAACAGGAGACGUAAUCAAUUCUGUAUCAUACCUUGGUCUCUUCAACCUGUUAAACUGUCCUUGUGGAGUUCUUCCGGUGACAAGAAUAACCAAAGAUGAUGACAAGAAACUUGCAGAUCCCAGUGUGUAUUCUACAGAAAUAUGACGGAGAAAGCCAUCAGAAAGUUGUGUCAAGGUUCCGUAGGAUUGCCUGUGGCCGUCCAGUGUGCAGCACUACCGUUCCAGGAGGAGGUCGUGUUGCGUGUGAUGAAGGAAAUUGAGACAGCUGUCAACUUCAAGUAGGAUGGAGGAACAGACAGACAAGACUUUGAGAGAGAGAGAACAUGUUGUAUACCAACAGGUUUUAUGUACUACAUCAGUAUUUAAAGUCAUGUAUAUAAAAUAUUAUACAGUAGGAUCUCGUUGGAUUGAACUCGGAAGGGUCGAAUACACCGCAGUGCGCAAAUCAAAAACGAAGUCCCGAGUUACACUUUCAUGAUGUUGACCGAAUGGUUAGGUCGAACUACCCAGUGGGUUGAACACUUUCUCGAGCACCGACGGGGUUCAACCCAACAGGUUUUAACAGUAGAUAUAUAUAUAUAUGUUUGUGAAGAACUAACUACUGUGGUGAUCAAAUCUUGUAAAUUACUAUUAUGUUUUGUAAAUGUUUUAACAGUGACAUUUUGAUACAGGUUUUUUGAAUUAAUGUGGUAUAUUUACAGUAUAUAUUUUUAUUUUAUCUUAGAAAGCAGUGAACUCUUUUACUAAUAAUUUUUUGGUGCAUACUAAAAUGAGGCCAGUACCUUUUUGUUGGCAUUAGUCAUCCAUUUUCAAAAUUAAUUUCGAAAUGAGGUUGUGAAAAUCUUUAAUUAAUGAUUUCUUGUUCAUUAUAAUUUAUAUUGUUGCCAUGGACAAUCAACUUGGUGGAUUAAACAUGAAAUUACCUCAAACAUACCAUUUUUCUCACCUUUGUUUGACAGUAUGUGAGGCCUAAUCUACGGAACUCUUCACUUACGCUCUGUUAUUAGUCUUAAGCAAUAUUGCAUUGUCCUUGCAAGUCUUUUUGCAUGGCACUGCAAAAUUGGAAAGUUGUGCGAGUUUAGUCAAUUAGGCCCCUCACAGGACUCGAACUUAAGAAUUUGUCUCCCAUGGUAAUUUUGUAAUGAAAUGCCACAGGUGAAAUGGCCCACUGACGGCAAGGUUGAGCCUGCCUUUGGCAGUUGUUUAAAAAAUGACAUUUUCAGUAAAUAAACAUGACUGAAAGGAUAUUUUGCUGUAUGAAGACAUUUCAAAUGUGUAAAUGCUAAUGUUAAAUAAUGGCAGAUAACGUACACCAGGGCCCAUGCUUAUAAAACUGAGUCCAGACUCCAUCUCUAAUGACGUCACACACAUACAAUUUGCAUGGCGUUUUCAUGACAUUACUGUAUCAAACUCUAUUAGAGUCUCGAGUCUAGACUCUAAACGUUUUAUAAGUACGGGCCCUGGUGUACAUUAUCUUCCAUUAUUUGUCUGGUGUAUAUAUUUUGACACAAAGGAACUUUAUUUAAUUGUUCUCUACUUACAGCAAUGUAUAUCUCAACAAUGGCAAUUGCAGUCAUUAAGUUCGAGCCCUGUCCUCUUGUAUUUGUUUUUGUGCUAUGGUGUUGUUAAACAUUCAUUCACUGAAACACACCAGAAAAUAUUUAUCUUCAAAUAUUUAUUGAAAAAAAACACACAAUAAAACUGCAUUUGAUGUCUUCAUAGGAUUUUUGUGAAUUCUUAAAAGUUCUAUAGUGAUUACUGAAAUUGAAAUCUUUGAAAAGUCUAACAUUGCGCAUACAUGGCAAUGGAAGGUUUUAAAUUGUGUUAUCGCCUUGUAUCACUCUGUUGCUCAAGCAAAUCUUAUAUUCAGUAAAUAUGUUUGUUAUAAAAAAUUGUUUCCACAUUUAUUUUAUUUGAGUUAGAAAACUGUUUUUCAUAACAAGAUUGUAAUCUGAUUUUGUUUUAUUUACCUAUUCAAAUUUUUCAUGUCCUCUACAUUGUUUUAGAAAACAUUUACUCAACUUACAUGUAUCUGUGAAAUAGUUCAAUAUUUCAGGCAAAUUAUUACCGCAAUAAUUUAUCAACUUUUUGUCUUCACUUGACAAAGUUAAAAGGCAAUAGCGUCAACCUUUGUGUUUUAAAAAAAUAAUUAAAUUAUAAUUUUUACAUUUAGGUCCUUGUUUUUUUUUACAAACUAUAAGUUCUAGAUCAAUGACACCUGAUUUUUAGUUGCACCUAUGAAUAUUGAUCUCAGUGCAUUUUUUUUUUUUAAUGUUAAUAUAAAAAAAUAUUUUUAAUUUUUAUUUUAUUUUUUUAAAGUUGAGUUUUUUAAGAACUAAAUUAAUCAUAGCUUUUGCAUUACUAGAGCAAAACUGAAUAUGUUUAUGGUAGGCAAUACAUUUAAUUCCGCGUAACUCAUGUUUUAAUAUUUCACAUUUCACAUCACAGUACCGGUAUUUCAUAUUUAAUUGUGCCAUAGUUGUAUAAGAGAGCAUUUACAGUUUUUGAAAUGUGUUGGUCGUAAUGGUGCAACUUACAUAUUUUUCGCAGGACCUUCACAAAUUUGAGUUCUGUCAGUAUCAUGUCUAACAAGAUUUCUUUCCUUUUUUUUAAAUUAAGGUUACAACGAAAUGUGUUAUUGACAUAGAAGUGAAUAAACUGUGGCUUCGUUUUGUUUUACCAAGCUUGAUCCAUC